CUAUAUAAACCCAGCAGAAGCUGGCUGCUCUAACCACAAUUUGCCUUACUGUCAAACAUCUCUCUCUCUUUCAGACACACACACACAUACCACACACACAUACACACACACACACACACACACUGUAAGACAAGACAACUUUUCUGAGUUUUGACAGGACAGCAACAAAGUGGGAAGCUGGAAGGUGACUUUUACAUCAUAUUUAUUUCAUGGAGGCUGUUCACAGUGGGAUCUAAUCCAUAUCAGGGCUUAUAAAGGAUCAAGCACAUCAGGAAAAGAACAAAUACCCAACUUCAUUUGAACUGGCUGUCUUAAUUCUACACCAGACUGUGAAAGCAAAACAGUAUUAGAGCACCAAGUGAGUCCCAAAGAAACUGAGCAUUACAAUGGGGCUCCCAACUCAGGUUUUGGCCUGUGCAAUCAUAGUUUUGUUACACCAGCAUGUCAGUGGUGGACUCAUCAAGAGAAUUAUUCGGCAAAAGCGGGAGGCUGGUUUAAAUGUGACCUUGCCAGAUGAUAAUCAGCCUGUAGUUUUUAACCAUGUCUACAACAUUAAGUUGCCUGUGGGAUCCCUCUGCUCUGUGGACUUGGAUUCAGCUAGUGGAGAUGCAGACCUGAAGGCUGAGAUUGAGCCAAGCAAGCACUAUGAGGAGCACACGGUGAAUGAGGACAACCAGAUCGUCUUCACGCAUCGCAUUAAUAUUCCUCGGCGGGCAUGUGGCUGUGCAUCUGCUCCUGAUAUUAAGGAUCUGCUGAACAGACUGGAGGAGCUGGAGGGGCUGGUAUCUUCCUUACGAGAGCAGUGUACCAUUGGUGCAGGCUGCUGCCCCAGUGCCCAAACAGCAGAAGGUCGAGUGGAUACCACACCCUUUUGCAGUGGACGAGGGAACUACAGCACUGAGAUCUGUGGCUGCAUUUGUGACCCUGGCUGGAAAGGACCCAACUGUUCAGAACCAGAAUGCCUGAACAAUUGCUACAACAGAGGCCGCUGUGUUAAUGGCAAAUGCAUCUGUGAUGAGGGCUUCACAGGCAAGGACUGCAGCGAACUCACCUGCCCUGGUGAUUGUAAUGACCAAGGCAAGUGCAUUGAUGGUGUGUGUGUAUGCUUUGAGGGUUACACCGGAGAAGACUGUGUUGAAGAGCUUUGCCUACCACCUUGCAGUGAGCAUGGGAAGUGUGUGAAUGGGCGGUGCGUGUGCGUUGAAGGCUUCACUGGGGAGGACUGCGGUGAGCCCCUGUGCCUGAACAACUGCAACAACCGUGGGCGCUGCGUUGAAAAUGAGUGUGUCUGUGAUGAGGGCUACACAGGUGAAGACUGCGGCGAACUGAUCUGCCCCAAUGACUGCUUUGACCGUGGCCGCUGCAUCAAUGGGACUUGCUACUGUGAAGAGGGCUACACUGGGGAGGACUGUGGGGAGCUGACCUGUCCCAACAAUUGCAACGGCAAUGGCCGCUGUGAGAAUGGUCAGUGCCUCUGCGAUGAAGGCUUUGUGGGUGACGACUGUAGUGAGCGGAGGUGCCCCAAGGACUGUAACAAGCGUGGUCGCUGUAUUGAUGGGCAGUGUGUGUGCAAUGAGGGCUUUGAGGGCAUCGACUGUGGCCAAGUGAAGUGCCCUAAAGAUUGCAACAACCGUGGGCAGUGUGUCAAUGGACAGUGUGUAUGCAAUGAGGGAUUCAUGGGUGAAGACUGUGGUGUACUAAGGUGCCCCAAGGACUGCUCCAACCAUGGACGCUGCAUCAAUGGACAAUGCGAGUGUGAUGAGGGUUUCAUGGGUGAAGACUGCAGUGAGCUGAAGUGUCCCAAUGACUGUCACAACCGUGGACGCUGUGUCAAGGGGCACUGUGUGUGCGAUGAGGGGUUCAUAGGCGAAGACUGUGGUGAGCUGAGGUGCCCCAAUGACUGUUACAACCGGGGACGCUGUGUCAAAGGCAUCUGUGUGUGUGAUGAGGGCUUUGUAGGCAACGACUGCAGUGAGCUGAGGUGCCCCAAUGACUGUAGCAAACAUGGACGGUGUGUCAACGGGCAGUGUGUGUGUGAUGAAGGAUACACAGGAGAAGACUGUUCUGAACUGAGGUGUCCCAAUGACUGCCACAACCGAGGCCGCUGUGUGGAUGGGGAGUGUCUGUGUGAGAAGGGGUUCACUGGAGUGGACUGUGGUGAACUUGCUUGCUUGGACAAUUGCAACAACCGAGGCCGCUGUGAGAACGGACAGUGUGUGUGUAACGAAGGUUUCACAGGGAUUGACUGCAGCCAACUACGGUGCGCCAAUGACUGCAACAAUCAGGGACGCUGCAUUGAGGGGCAGUGUGUGUGUGAUGAGGGCUUCACUGGAGAGGACUGCAGCCAACGAUCCUGCCUCAACAACUGCAACAACCUGGGCCGCUGUGUUGAUGGACGUUGCAUCUGUGAUAAUGGAUACAUUGGCGACGACUGCUCUGAUGUAUCCCCUCCAAGUGACCUGACUGUAACAAAUGUGACAGAUAAGACUGUCAAUCUGGAAUGGAAGAAUGAAAAUCUAGUCAAUCAAUACCUCAUCACCUAUGUUCCUACCAGUAUCGGUGGCCUAGAUAUGCAGUUCACAGUGCCUGGAAACCAGACAUCUGCCACAAUCCGUGAACUGGAGCCAGGGGUGGAGUACUUUAUCCGUGUCUUUGCCAUCUUAAAGAACAAGAAAAGUAUUCCAAUCAGCGCUAGGGUAGCAACCUAUCUGCCUGCUCCAGAAGGCCUGAAAUUUAAAUCGGUUAGGGAGACAUCUGUACAGGUAGAAUGGGAUCCUCUGAACAUUUCUUUUGAUGGAUGGGAGCUUAUCUUCCGAAAUAUGAAAAAGGAAGAUAAUGGAGACAUAACCAGAAGUUUGACGAGGCCUGAGACAUCAUAUAUGCAGCCAGGCUUAGCACCGGGACAACAGUAUAAUGUAUCUCUGCAUAUAGUGAAAAACAAUACCAGAGGACCUGGGCUCUCCAAGGUGAUAACCACAAAGCUUGAUGCUCCCAGCCAGAUAGAGGCAAAAGAUGUUACUGACACCACUGCUUUGAUCACGUGGUUCAAACCCUUGGCUGAAAUUGAUGGCAUUGAGCUUACAUAUGGCCCCAAGGAUGUUCCUGGGGACAAGACAACAAUUGACCUCUCUGAAGAUGAAAACCAGUACUCUAUUGGAGAUCUGAAGCCAUUCACAGAGUAUGAAGUGGUGCUGAUCUCCCGCCGUGGAGACAUGGAAAGCGACCCCAUGAGUGAAGUCUUUCUCACAGAUCUGGAUGCUCCAAAGAACCUGAAGCGCGUGUCUCAGACAGACAACAGCAUCACCUUGGAGUGGAAAAAGAGUCAAGCAGAUAUCGAUAGCUACAGAGUCAAGUUUGCCCCAAUCUCAGGUGGAGACCAUGCUGAGAUCACUGUGCCAAAAAGCAAUCAAGCCACAACCAAGGCUACGCUCACAGGUUUGAGGCCUGGAACUGAAUAUGGCAUUGGAGUUACAGCAGUGAAGGAGGACACAGAAAGUGCUCCUGCUACUAUUAAUGCUGGAACUGACCUGGAUAGUCCCAAGGACCUGGGGGUCAACAAUCCCACUGAAACUAGCCUCUCCCUGAGCUGGAGGAGACCACUGGCCAAGUUUGAUCGCUACCGUCUCACUUAUGUUACCCCCUCUGGAAGGAAGAAUGAAGUAGAGAUCCCAGCAGAUAGCACCUCCUACAUCCUGCAAGGACUCGAUGCUGGUACAGAAUAUACCACCAGCCUGAUAGCAGAGAAAGGCAGGCAUAAAAGCAAACCCACAACUGUCAAAAGUUCUACUGCUGUAUAUAGUCUAGAACUAAUGCAGGGAGCAACUCCUGGCCCAGAUGAGCACUCAGGCUUCUGGAGCUCUCCUGCUCCUGAGGCUUCUGGGAUGUGGGAGGCUACGCUGUGGGACCUUCUGGUCUCCAAUGUAACAGACCAUGGCUUUGGUCUCUCGUGGAAGGCGGAUGCAGGAGCCUAUACUAGUUUUGUGGUGGAGUAUGAGGAAGUGACAUUGGCAGCUGGGCCCCCUGCAGAGGUCUUCAUGCCCGGAGAAUCCUUAGGUGCUGUGAUUGAUGGCCUCCAGGCUAACGCCACCUAUAAAGUCAAGGUGUAUGGAAUGGCGGGAGGACAGCGCUCCCAUCCUCUGGAAGCUGUGGCUACAACAGCACUUCUAGUGACAGCACCUGGAGAAUCAAACAAUGAAACUUCAUUUAAUUCUACCUACCCUGCACCUACUGAGCUAAGUUACUUAACAAUUCCAAGCACUGAUUCUCACACUGUUCUGUCAGCGCCCACUGCCUUUUUCAUCUCAGAUGUCACUGCCCAACUUCACGAUCUAAAAGUAACAGGCAGGACAUUCAGUAGUUUCACCCUAACAUGGGCAGCACAAGAUGAGGUAUUUGAUCAGUUCUUUAUCACUCUGAAAGACCUGUCCAGUUUAAACAGAACACUGGAAAUCUUUCUGCCAGGAAGCCAACGAGAAACAGAAUUUACCAAUCUCACAGCUGGCACACAAUACCAGAUUAACCUCCAUGGAAGUGCUCGAGGUCAGCUGUCUCAGUCACUGGAAGCUAUAACCAACACAGCGGAGGAACCUGAGCUUGGAAAUUUAACAGUAUCAGAGGUUAGCUGGGAUGGUUUCCAACCCACGUGGACAGCAGCAGACGGGGCCUUUGAGACUUUUGUCCUUCAGGUGCAGGAGUCUGACAAUCCAGAAGAAGUUCAGAAUCAUACAGUCCCAGGGGGACUGCGUUUUGUGAAUAUUACUGCUCUCAAGGAUUACACACGUUACAAUAUCACCCUGUAUGGUGUGAUUCAGGGCUACAGGACCAAACCCCUUUCCGCUGAAACCACGACAGCAAUGCGCGCAGAAGUUGGUGAGCUAAACGUUUCCGGCAUUACUCCAGAAGGCUUCAACCUUUCCUGGACAGCCACUGAAAGGGCCUUCGAGAUCUUUACCAUUGAAAUUAUUAAUUCUAACAGGUUUUUGGAGCCCAUGGAGUACAACAUCUCAGGCAAUUUAAGAACUGCUCAUAUCUCAGGGCUAUCCCCCAGCACUGAUUAUAUUGUCUACCUCUAUGGGAUCACUCCUGGUUUCCGCACACAGGCAAUAAGUGUUGCUGUUACUACAGUAGAUGAACCUCUCCUUAGCAAACUAACUGUGUCAAACGCUACCUCAAACAGUGUGUCUCUCACGUGGGAAGCACAGGACACUGCCUUUGAUCACUUUGUUUUAGAAGUCAGAAACUCUGACUUGCCUUUGGACUCCCUGGUGCACACAGUGUCAGGGGCUUCAAGAAGUUUUGUAAUCACCAAUCUAAGAGCUGCCACUAAUUACACUGUCCAACUCCAUGGUCUAGUUGAUGGGCAAAGUGGUCAGACUUUGACAGCAGUGGCAACUACAGAGGCUGAGCCACAGCUGGGCACGCUAACACUCACAAACGUUACCCCCGACAGCUUCAACCUCUCAUGGACCACAAGAAAUGGGCCUUUUGCAAAGUUUGUUAUAAAUGUUAGAGAUUCCUAUUCAGCACAUGAACCUCAGGAGCUUACAGUCUCGGGAGGUGCCCGCAGCGCUCACAUCUCAGGCCUGGUAGAUUACACUGGCUAUGACAUUAAUAUUAAGGGCACCACCAGUGCAGGUGUCCACACAGAGCCCCUCACUGCUUUUGUCAUGACAGAGGCCAUGCCCCCACUGGAAAAUCUAACUGUCUCUGACAUUAACCCUUAUGGGUUCACAGUGUCCUGGAUGGCAUCGGAGAAUGCCUUUGACAACUUUCUAGUAAUCGUGGUGGAUUCUGGCAAGCUGCUGGACCCACAAGAGUUCCUCCUUACAGGAACCCAGCGGCAUCUGAAGCUUAAAGGCCUUAUUACUGGCAUUGGCUAUGAGGUUAUGCUUUAUGGUUUUGCCAAGGGGCGCCAAACAAAGCCCCUAAGCAUUGUGGCCAUUACAGAAGCAGAACCUGAGGUCGACAACAUUCUGGUUUCAGAUAUUACCCCAGAUGGCUUCCGUCUUUCCUGGACUGCAGAUGAUGGGGUUUUCGACAGCUUUUUUAUUAAAAUCAGGGAUACCAAAAAGCAGUCUGAUCCAUGGGAACGUAUAGUACCAGGUCAUGAACGCACCCAAGAUAUAACAGGGCUGAAAGAGGGUACUGAGUAUGAAAUUGAACUCUAUGGAAUUAUCAGUGGACGACGUUCCCAACCCAUAAAUGCAAUAGCUAUCACAGCCAUGGGAUCUCCCAAAGGAAUCAAUUUCACUGACAUCACUGAAAACUCAGCUACAGUCACCUGGAUGCUUCCAAGAACCCGAGUAGAAAGUUUCCGGAUUCUCUAUGCCCCCAAAACUGGAGGUACUCCUAAUAUUGUGACAGUAGAUGGAACCAAGACUAGGACCAAGUUGGUGAAACUGGUCCCUGGUGUAGAAUAUGUUGUCAACAUCACCUCUGUCAAAGGAUUUGAAGAAAGUGAACCUGUCUCUGGACCUCUGAAAACAGCUCUGGACAGCCCAUCUGGCCUAGUGGUGGUGAAUAUCACAGAUUCUGAGGCCUUAGCAACCUGGCAGCCAGCAAUUGCUGCUGUGGACAAUUAUGUCAUCUCCUAUAUUUCCGAGACGGAGCCAGAAGUGAAGCAGAUGGUGUCUGGGAACACUGUGGAAUAUGACCUUAAUGGCCUUCGACCUGCAACUGAGUAUGUACUGAGGCUCCAUGCUGUAGAGGAUGGUCAGCAGAGUGCAACUAUAUCCACCAAAUUUACUACAGGGAUGGAUGCUCCAAGAGAUCUACGCGCUAUUGAUAUUCAAUCAGAAACGGCAGUAUUGACAUGGAGGCCUCCUCGUGCUUCUCUCACUGGCUAUCUCCUAAUCUACGAGUCUGCUGAUGGCAAAGUCAAGGAAGUCAUCCUGGUACCUGAGACAACUUCCUAUGAUUUGACUGAGCUGAGCCCAUCCACUCAGUACACAGUGAAACUGAGGGCACUGCAUAGAUCCCUGAAGAGCAACAUCAUCCAGACUGUUUUCACGACAAGUGGACUUCUCUAUCCUUUCCCUAAAGACUGCUCUCAAGCUCUAUUGAAUGGAGAAACUGCCUCUGGACUCUACACCAUUUAUCUGAAUGGAGAGAAGUCUCAGCCACUGGAGGUGUACUGUGACAUGGGCUCUGAUGGAGGUGGAUGGAUUGUGUUCCUGAGGCGCCGUAAUGGAAAAGAGGAUUUCUACAGGAAUUGGAGGACAUACAGUGCUGGCUUUGGUGAUCCCAAGGACGAGUUCUGGAUCGGCCUGGAGAAUCUCCACAAAAUCACCUCUCAGGGCCAGUAUGAACUGCGUGUGGAUCUGCGAGACAAGGGCGAGACAGCUUUUGCUAUCUAUGACAAGUUUAGCGUUGGAGACUCCAAGACCCGAUAUCGGCUAAAAGUGGAUGGAUACACUGGCACGGCAGGUGACUCCAUGACAUAUCACAAUGGACGGUCCUUCUCUACCUAUGACAAGGACAAUGACUUUGCCAUCACUAAUUGUGCUUUGUCAUACAAGGGUGCUUUCUGGUACAAGAACUGCCACCGGGUCAAUCUGAUGGGCAGAUAUGGUGACAACAGUCACAGUCAGGGUAUUAACUGGUUCCAUUGGAAGGGCCAUGAAUAUUCCAUUGAGUUUGCAGAAAUGAAGUUGAGACCCUCCAGCUUCCGGAACCUAGAAGGAAGACGAAAGCGAGCAUAAAACCCAGGCAUGGUGGAGAGGUUGGGGGAGGGUUUGGGAGGGUCUUCCUGGAAUAAUUGGUGGGAGGGUGCGAGGGGCUGGUAAUUUUACCAAAGCGUCAGUUGACCCUUGGCCUAACUGGGGCUCCUUUUAUGGUCUAAGUGACAAGCCUUAUGCAACCACAGAUUCUUCAGCAGAGCAGCUCUAGCUAUUCAUGAUUAAUGUCCUUCACACCAAAGACAACAAUUCAAGGGUUCUGUGUUGUUUCUGUUUUUUUUCCUUAGAGAGCUUCUGUGAUGAGAGUCUUCCAUCAUCUAAAUGUCUCUAGGAUGACUCGGGGAAGGGGCAGGGGAACAGGUUGUACAUUGAUAGUUUGUUUUAGAGCCAGCCAUAUUUUACACACAAAAGUUUAUAUGUUCAAUUAUCAUUAUUAUUAUUAGUUAUAAUGGAAUACUUUUGGUCAUUGGAAAACUUUUUUUCUAUAUACCAUGUACCACAGAGAAAGAUAGGGGAAGCACUAUGAUUUAAAUAGUAAACAUAAAAUUAAUAUUAUUAAUAUAAUGACAAAGUAAUAAUAAUAAUGAUAAUAAUAAUAAGCUAAGCUUGUCGUCUUCUUUUAAGGGAACCGUGCUUUCCAAAACACAGCAGGACAGUGUCUGAUUGUAAAUUUUUAAAAAAAAAUAAAAAGCACAAUUACUUUUAAAUGCAUUUUUACAUUUUUCUUCAUGCAUCAAGUUUACGCUCAUCCAGGGUAUUUUUUAUCAGGUAGGGGAAUAAGAAAGGCUGAGAAUGAUCAGAACAUUAAACUUAUUCAGAAAAUACAGUUCCUUUUGUCAGUAUUUGGUUGUAAGUAUUUUGGUGGAUUUGUUACAAUGAAAAGUUUCAUGUUGGUUUUUAGAAGGUGUUCUUUUUUCUUUCCUACCAAGAAGCACAUUAAAUAUGCUUUUUCUAAGUAUUACUGACCAACUCUUGCUUCUAACUAGGUGGGAAUCACUAACAAAAUAAAAAAAGAAAAAGAAAAAUGUUGAGAUUAGCUACCAAAUGGUAACUCUGAACACCUGUGUAAAUAAAGGGCUCGUUUUUUAUAUGAAUGAAGCCUUUGUGUAGUUCCUCUGUACUAUACUCUUUGAUUAAAGACAAUAAAAGAAAUUUUGUUUUAAACUGC